AAGACCAAGCCGCCAUCUGAGAAGAUCCCCGUUUACCGGGGAAGAACACACUUUCUUCCAGAUUUGUGGCCGUUCAAACAUUUUCCCGCGAGCGCUCAAUUCGCCGAGUUCGUUACAGAGAGAGAACGGGAGAGACAGAUGGCGACAAUGGCGGCCACAGCUACCGCUUGUUGUGGCAGCAGCUCCUACAAUUCCAAUUUGAGGGCAACUCGGAGAAAUGGAACAGAAUAUCAUCCGUCGGCCACUUUGGCCUCGCCGUCGUCACGAUUAUCGUUCUCUUCCAGAGUUUCCGGUUGUUCUCUCCGCGCCCAGCGCUCCCUUCCUUCCCUUCGGAUGGCGAAUUCCGGGAAUCCGGCUCUGGCUGUUUUGGCUUCGGCGAAGGCGGAUCCGCCGCUUAGAAUCAUGAUUUCAGGUGCUCCGGCGUCGGGUAAAGGGACUCAGUGUGAGCUCAUAACUAAAAAGUAUAACUUGGUACAUAUUGCUGCUGGAGACUUGUUGCGGGCAGAAAUCGCUUCUGGGAGUGAAAAUGGCAAGCGGGCAAAGGAGUACAUGGAGAAAGGACAACUGGUUCCAGAUGAAAUAGUUGUGAUGAUGGUGAAGGAUCGGCUGCAACAUCCCGACUCGCAAAAGAAUGGCUGGCUAUUAGAUGGAUACCCACGGAGCAUGUCUCAAGCUACUGCCCUCAAGGGAUACGGCUUUGAGCCUGAUAUCUUCAUUGUCUUAGAAGUCCCUGAAGAUAUACUGGUUGAAAGAGUUGUUGGACGUAGGCUGGACCCUGUUACUGGCAAGAUUUACCACAUGGCCUACUCUCCCCCUGAAACUGAAGAAAUAGCUGCGAGACUCACUCAACGGUUCGAUGACACAGAAGAAAAGGCACGUCUUGGCUUUAGUAUUGUGAAGUUAAGGUUGAACACUCAUAACCAGAAUGUGGAGGCCGUCCUCUCAAUGUACGAAGAUAUUACUUUGAAGGCAAGUCUAUCCAUUUUUAGUUCCUAUUCUGGGAACUUAGGAAUAUGCAUGACUUGUUAUGAAAAAGAUAAGGUCAAAGGGAAUGCGCCAAAAGAAGAGGUUUUCACCGAGAUCGACAAUGCUCUGUCGAAAUUGAUUGAGAGCAGGAAGGCAACUUCAGAAACUCUGGCUGCUUGA